AUUCAGCCUCGUUAGAAAAAUCCUUCUUCUUCUUCGUGUGCAAGGAAAAGUGGAAUUUGAAUUCCUUUAAGUAAAACUACUUCUACUCCACUUUAGUUCAAGUCUGUUAGCACGACGGAGAGGAGAGAAACGCGGCAACAGAAAUAGUGUUUUUAUGCAAAUUAAUAAAUAUAUAAAAUUUCAUUUAAGCAAAUUAUUAAGCCAAAUUUUUGGCUCAUCUGCAAAAUAAUUUGAUACACCUUUGCAAAAUUUUGCCAAAACGUUUCUCCGCAAUUUUUAGCCCCCAAAAUAAAAAUAAAAUUACGACAGGAAUUUUGAAAAAUUGUUCAUCAAUUUCUGAAGAUUUGUUGACCGAAGAAAAUAAAAGGGCGAAAUUCCUCUUCCCGACUGGUCAGUUGGCUUUAUUACAUUCACGGUUUUAAAAUCAAGACUGGUUUUCAUAGGUAUGUGAUGCACGACGAGUACGCAAAGUGUGUCCCCCAAUAUUAAUAAAGGUAGUGAGUGGUUCGUUCUUGUGCAUUGUUGUGCAUUGUGUUUCGCGUCUAUAUCUUUUAAUUCGUGGUUGGUUGUUGCGGUGUAGUGGAUUGAGGAUACGAGAUUAAAUAUUUGACAGUGCAAGUGUGUCAGUCAGCUAAAAGCUGAGAAGCUAUUGGAAAUGGGGACCUCGAAGAUCGAGUAUGUCCACAGUGACCAGCUUAUCGCGGCCACCUACGUGAAAAAUGCGAAAGCGAUCGGCUUCCUCUGGGGGAUAUUCAGCAUUUGCUACUCCAUAAUCACCGUGGUCGUCUUUAUCCAGCCGCAAUGGAUGGGCACGCGGUCACCCGGUGGUUCUGGGUACUUCGGUCUGUGGCGGCAUUGCGCCGUCGCGUCGGUAAUGACGGAUCAGUCGACAAGUUCGGAAUUCAUUUGUCGUGGACGCCUCGACGAUUUUUCUUCCAUUAUUAACCCCGCCUUCAGAGUGGCGACCGUCUUCAUGGGACUCGCCACGCUGAUCGCGAUCCUCUCCGUGUUUGCGUUGGUGCUUUUCAUCUGCGCCCCGGCGAGGCAAAGCUACUUCAUUAUUGCGAUGAUGCAGACAAUUGCGGCCAUCUGCACGGGCGUUGGUCUCAUCGUGUUUCCCUCUGGUUUUGACGCGGCCGAAGUGAAGUUGACCUGCGGCCCGACCGCGGAUCGUUUUUAUUUUGGCAACUGCACCAUCCGGUGGGCCUACGUGCUCGCGAUUAUCGGCCUUCUCGACGGCGUAGUCCUCGCCAUCCUGGGUUUCGUCCUGGGAUCUCGACAUGUCAAACUGGCCGACGAGUUUGGCGUGGGGGGCGGAAGCAUGCGCAAAAUCCACAGCAUUUCCACCGGGCUGCCGGGCUACCCUCCGCGGGGGAUGUACUACGGGACGGACUCGCACUCCGGCCCCACGCCCUCCGUCACCUAUUCGUACGCCUCGACGAAGAGGUCGCUCAACCUGCAGCCCGUCGUCCUCCUCCCCCCGCAAGAUUCCGACUCGUCCGACCACUACAGAUCGAAGGCGUCUCUGUAUCGGGCAGAGUAUGCCACGCCGAGACAGAAUUUCCAGCUCUAGUGGUUUCUUAAUUAAUUAGUUAAUUAAUUAAUAGUUAGUUAACCUUGCAUGCCAUCAGUCGAGUGAGAUGAUUUACAGUUUGGGUGCUUGCAAUAAAUCUAUUUUUUCCUUAAUUUUAUGAGCUUGUUGGUUUUGAAGAGUGUUUUUCGUUUUUUACGGGUUUGCGAAAUACGUUUCUUGUACUGCAAAGAAAGAAAUGGAAGGUGCAAGAAAUAUGCGAAGUUUCUUGCACCUUACAUUUCUUGCAGGUUAAAAUACUUGCGAGAAACUACUUUCUUGCCGGUAUUUCUUGCAAGUUGUUACUUGCACCCGAAACAAAACGCAGAUUUUGAAUGGAUGAAAAUAGUUAUAUUUUUGGUAAUAAAUAAAUUCUAUGUAAAUAAAUGUAUCAUCAAUUCAUCAUGACUGAGAUGACGAUAGUGUAAAUAAAUAAUUAGUUUAAUUAACUACACUAAAUAUUUAGGUUACAUUUUAUUACCGCGUUUUCCCAAAGAUGAUUAGUACAUACGUUACA